AUGAAAAAUAUACAAAAAAUAAUCAUAAUAGGAUUAAUAGCAAUUCACAUUCAUCCCGGUUAUUCAUCAGGUUUCGGAAAAUGUCCCAAUUAUCCGUCAAUGCCGAAGUUUAACGUCACUAAAUUCCUCGGAAAAUGGCUCGAAGUCGAACGCAGCUUCUACCUUCCCGAAAUUGCAACUGGAUGCGCUUCGAUGACAUUUGAGAACAGCACGGCACGCCUUGACGAAGGGAAACCGCAACUGGAAUUGGCAAUCAAGACAAUUAACUUAUGGACAGGAGCUCCUUCAGUCAGUCUCGGCAAUGCAAUCUUGGAGCAUGACAGAUCUUCCAUCAUGAAUGUUCAGCUCCAAUCACGCCUUCCAGCGGCGAUUUCUCGUUUGUUGCCUGGUUCGGGCAAAUAUCAAGUGCUUUAUACGGAUUAUGAUAAUUUUGCCAUUCUCUGGUCUUGCUCGAACUUUGGAAUUGCAUUCACCGAUCAAAUUUGGUUGUUGGGACGGGAGAAGGAUUACACGUUGGAAAUUAGAACGAAGAUUUAUGAUGCUUUGCGGCAAUUGGGAUUGGAUUCGGAUCGUUUAAUCGUGUCAAAAAAUAAGGAUUGCCCAAAUACUUUAUAAUUUUUUAUAGAACUUAAUGAAAAAAAAUAU